GAUCGGCUUUCCGUCUCCCAGUUCCGAGUGUGUCGUUGUUGUUGUCGGUGACGCGGCGGAGGUGUAGCCUGACGCGGUCUCUUACGUGUCGGCCCGAAUAAAAGUGGAGCUCCGAGGGCUCGCGAGUGACGGAAGGAGUGUGUAUCGAUAACUCAAUGACCAUGGAGGCGGGAGCGGAGGCCCAGCAGGGUGCAGACACGGCUGUGGCUGAGACUGAGGCGCAGCAGAUCACCCAGGCCCAGAUCGCCACGCUCACUCAGGUGACUGUGGGAGCAGGGCACGCCACCGCCACCGCCCCCACCGUCACCCUGGUGCAGUUGCCGAACGGGCAGACGGUUCAGGUGCACGGAGUGAUCCAGGCAGCUCAGCCCUCGGUCAUCCAGUCUCCGCAGGUGCAGGCGGUCCAGAUCUCUACAGUCGCAGAGAGCGAGGACUCACAGGAGUCCGUGGACAGCGUGACGGACUCUCAGAAGCGCAGAGAGAUCCUCUCCAGACGUCCUUCUUACAGGAAGAUCCUGAACGACUUGUCGUUGGACGCCCCAGGAGUAGCGAGAAUCGAAGAGGAGAAAUCUGAGGAGGACGCUGCACCUGCCAUCACUACAGUUACCGUGCCAACCCCCAUUUAUCAGACCAGCAGUGGCCAGUACAUUGCCAUCACACAGGGUGGAGCCAUCCAGCUGGCCAAUAACGGCACAGACGGCGUGCAAGGGCUGCAAACUCUGACUAUGACGAACGCGGCGGCUGCACAGCCAGGCACCACUAUCCUGCAGUAUGCCCAGACAAGUGACGGGCAGCAGAUUCUGGUGCCCAGCAACCAAGUCGUAGUGCAGGCCGCUUCGGGUGAUGUUCAGGCGUAUCAGAUCCGCACGGCAGCAGCGAGUACCAUCGGCCCCGGAGUGGUCAUGGCCUCAUCGCCUGCCCUGCCCAGCCAAGGAGGUGCCGAGGAGGCCACGCGCAAACGAGAAGUGCGCCUCAUGAAGAACAGGGAAGCGGCCCGAGAGUGUCGCCGGAAGAAGAAGGAAUACGUGAAGUGUCUGGAGAACCGCGUGGCUGUGUUGGAGAACCAGAACAAAACCCUCAUUGAGGAACUGAAAGCUCUCAAAGACCUGUACUGCCAUAAAUCCGAGUAACGUCCUCAUUCUUCCACUUGUCCUAGGUGGACUUCGGUGUAUAUGUACAGAGACUGUGUGUAAGGUCUUCCUGGAAGGAACGCAUGUUUUCUAGAUAUACUUUUAAAAAAGGAAUAAAAAAAACUCUUCAGACUGCCUGGAAAUUCCCACGAACACACUGGGGGAUGAAACCCCAUGGCCAAAAUCUCCGCACCAACGGACCAUGUCUUUACAAAUAAAUCGGGUAAGGUGUUCUAGGACUUAAAUAACUCCCCGAUUUACUUUUCUCCUGCCCACGGGUUUGUUGGAAAACACAUAUUCAUGUGUUGCUUUAGAAAAAAGUAUGAGAUGAGGGAAGUUUUUAUCAAAUCUGAAUAACUUGUAAAAGGUGCAAACAACUCCUUUAUACUGUUUAAAUAUCUCUAAUCAUCUCUGGAUGUCAGUUGAAACAGGAACAUUUUUAUCCUCAAGCAUCAGAUUUUGAGCUAUAUUUGUCUGACUGUUACUAAUAUUAAGUGUCAAACAUUUGUUUUUGUUUUUUGCCUACCUAAACAUAUUUUUUACUGUAAAAUAUUGUUAAAUUUACUUUUGAUGCCUUAUAAAAUAACUGUAUGAAAUCAGAUCAAGAGAAUUUAAGGCAUUUAUAAAUAAAAAAAUAUUUGUACUAUCCAUAGGAAACUAAUUCUAGUCACGUACAUUCGGAUAUUAGUUUGUAACUGCGUUUUGUUAAGAAAGAAGCCGUGCUUCUAGGUAAUAGCGAUCCACUGCACUGGAUCAGGCUUCUUCAAUUGUUCGGGAAAUUAAACUUUCUAAAUCAAGUUAUUUUGCUCCCAUUUCAGAACAGGAAAACAGAUUCCUCAGUGUCACAUUUUCUAGAAUUUGGGCUCCCUCUGAGUCAAACCAUAUUUGCUUCAAGCUCUGGUGCAUCCGAGGCCGGAUUGUCAAGAGGGCAACACGAAAAGGGCGAAGCGUUUAAUGUGUGCAGUUUGGAAUAGCUAGGUUUUCAGUGUAUGCCGUAAGGAUGCUAGUGUGUUUGGUUGACUUCGAGGCUAUAAUGGGAUGUCGUAUAUCAGUCAGGCUGCUUCUGUUCCACUCAAGCACAAAGUGUUACGGUGGGCUUAAUAAUUCGGGCAUUUGGGUUGCAUAGAGAGGGAAUAGAUACAAUUUAAUAUUAUAAAGAUUUUUAAAUGUCACGGAUUCUUCUGCCAUUUUUUUUAUAUACACAAAUGUUAUCUUUUGCUUUUUUCUCUAACGUUUAAACUAAUGAAUAGCAUAUUGUAUUAUAAGUAUUAUUAUCUGUCAUUACAGCAUGUUUAAACUUGUUUUGUAUAUCAUUUUUUAAAAACUUUGAUAUCGCUAUGGUUAUUUUUGCAUUAUGUCACAAUGGAUAUGGAUUUGAUGUCUUUGUAUUUGAUGCAUCAACACAUAAAUAGAGGGUACAAAUAUAUGUUGUUAGUCUAUCAUGACUGUUGCAUUUUUGGCAGCUAUUUCAUAUAAAACAAGUGUG